AUGGAUGGGCCCAACUCAAGUAGUACCGAAGAAGGGGGAAUGAUAGUUGUGAGGAAUGAAAAGAAUGAACUAAUUCUGACCAGAACAGUCACUGGUUGGCAUGUCCGCAUUGAUUACAGAGGGCUGAAUGAUGCUACUCAAAAGGACCAUUUUCCAUUACCAUUUAUAGAUCAAAUGUUGGAGCGCAACAUUUUAGCGUUGCAUGCUGCCAUUUUUGACGAUCUUCUAAAAGACACAAUGGAGGUGUUUAUGGAUGACUUUUCGGAUAGCAUUGUUCUCAGACAUAAGAUUUCCCGAGUAGGCAUGAAGGUCGAUAAGGCGAAGAUUGAAGUCAUAGAGAAGCUUCCUCCACCUAUAAAUGUAAAAGGGGAUUCUUCUUUCAAUUUUGGGAAUGACUACCUGAUGGCGUUUAAUUUGUUGAAGGAGAACCUAGUGCAAGCACUAAUUCUAACUUUACCGGACUGGAACAAACCUUUUGAACUCAUGUGA